AUGAUGCUAACCAAAUAUAGGCGGCGACCAACAUUGACACAUUUAGAAAUACUAUCAAUGAAGUUAAAAUGGAGAGCUUUUUUUGUAAAUGUGGGUUCAUUUGCAUUUGCUGCUUACUUUUUCUUGAGACAUAACCGGCUUUGUGAACCAUAUGUUUAUUCCAUGUUUGGGUUCUCAGAAUAUGUUGUGGUAAUUAGCAAUAUUCUAUUCCAUAUGACUACAGUGUAUGAUCUCCGCAAGCAAUUCCUAUAUAUAACAAGAAAAGGUUUUAUAGUUGAU